UCAGUCAGUCAGUCGGUCGGACGAAACGCGUCGAUACGAACAAGUAAGCGAAGCGAAAGUGCGCGGAGUGAAAAGUGUUAACUGAAACGCAUAAAAAUUACUACAUAAACAGUGAGAAGAAGCUCGACAAAAAAAUCUAAAGACAAGAUGAAAGCUUUCAUUAUAGCCGGUGUUUGUUUGUUCAGUGUUUUGGGUCUGGGAUUGGCCCAAUUUCAGAACGGUCGUCUAGAGCCACCAAAUCCUCAGUUAUGUGCCCAGCGCGUCAUACACGAAAGGACACCCGAUGGCAAAGGAUACUUCUUCUCAUGGCGUGAUCCCCAACUGAAGGGCGUUGAGGAGGAUUGGUUGACUGCUAGAAAUUAUUGUCGUAGGCGUUGCAUGGACUCCGUGUCCCUGGAAACCAGCCUCGAGAAUGAAUGGAUCAAACAGCGAGUUGUUGGCGAAAAUGUGAAAUACAUCUGGACCAGUGGACGCCUUUGUGACUUUAAGGGCUGUGACCGUCCCGAUCUCCAGCCCACCAGUGUCAACGGUUGGUUCUGGACCGCAACUCUCCAGAAAUUGGCCCCCACCACUGAGCGUUCUCAGGGCGAUUGGUCACCCACCGGAGGCAUUGGUCUGCCCCAGCCCGAUAAUCGUGAAUUCAAGCAGAACGGUGCCCCCGAGAACUGUUUGGCCCUGUUGAAUCAGUUCUAUAAUGAUGGUGUCAACUGGCACGAUGUGGCCUGCCACCACAAGAAGUCCUUUGUCUGCGAGGAGAACGAUGCUCUGUUGAAAUACGUUCGCUAUACAAAUCCCAAUUUGCGCAUUUAAAUUUUGGCUUAAAUUUAAACAAAUUUGACGGCAAUACUGGAGUUGGGAUGAACUUCAAAUGAACCAAAAAUGAUAUUUUAAAUUUUUUAAUUGUGCGAAAAAGCAACGAAAAUACUGAUAUUGUUCUUUUUCUGACUGCGUGUCAUCUGAAUUUUUGAUUUGUAAUAUUCUCUAUUCCCCACCCCCAACCCUCCCACCACUUUCUGCUCGACUGUCUAUGUCCUCAUCCAAUUUAUGUAGUUUAAUUUUAUUAAUUUUGUAUUAAUUUAUGAUUUUGUUUUUAAAUUAUAAUAAAAUAAAAACAUUCGACUUGUAAAAAAAA